GGAUUCCGGUACUCUGGCAACCCCAAACAAUCUCGCGGCACUUGCUCGAGUGACGUUUGGAUUCAGGAAGAGGUUGAGUUUCACGAGCUCGGAAGUUGCUUAGCAAAUGUAAGUUAACAGUUCCAAAAAUGGCGUCAUGUAGUGACAUGCACAAAUCCAAUCCAGAUGAGUAUCCAUCAUCCAGAUGUAUGGCUGAUAUGGAGAAGGAGUCGUACCUAAGCCCUACAGAAAACCCAUCUACAAUUAGUGUCUCAUCCAACAUCCAGGAACAGCAAGGUUAUGAUGUUGAAUUUGAUCCCCCACUGGAGAGCAAGUAUGAGUGUCCCAUCUGCCUGAUGGGUCUAAGGUCAGCUGUGCAGACACCAUGUGGUCAUCGCUUCUGCAACAGUUGUAUUAAAAAAUCCAUCAGGGACACGGGGCAAAAAUGUCCAGUUGACAAUGAGGUGCUGACAGAGGACCAGCUUUUUCCAGAUAACUUUGCCAAGAGGGAAAUCCUGUCUCUUACAGUACGCUGCCGCAAUGUUGGCUGUAAUGAGAUAAUGGAGCUCAGGCACCUGGAGAAUCACUUGAUGCUAUGUAAAUUUGCUACAGUCCCUUGCCCCCAGUGUCAGGGGCCUGUACGGAAGAAUAGUAUAGAGGAACAUAUGAAUCAGGACUGUUUACAGCGUCUGAUCACAUGCCCUGACUGUGCAGAGGGUAUCAUCUAUGCUGACAAACAGUUUCAUGAGCAGAUGUGUCCCUUUGUGAAUACAGUGUGUGAGUACUGUGACAUGGAUUUAAUUCGGGGUCAGUUGUCGUCACACUGUGCCACAGACUGCCUGAAAGCUCCUGUUGCCUGUACGUUCAACAUAUUUGGCUGUCAAGAAAAGAUGCCGAGGAACAACCUGGCCCUUCACAUGCAGGAGUUUACACAGAUGCACAUGCGCUUCAUGGCUGACUUCCUGAGGAAUCAGAGUGUGAAUGGCAUUCUCCACGCUCCAAAAUGUGGCCCUUCAUGUUCACCCCCAUCCGAACAUGGUGCCAGUUCUAGGGUGGGAGAGCCAUGUCAGUGCAGCCAGGACAUGCAGCAGUUACGUGAGACUGUUGUGGAACUUGAGGGCCGCCUUGUGCGCCAGGACCACCAAUUACGGGAGCUGAGCAUUCGCAAUGACACGCAGCAUACACAGAUAACGGAGCUACGCAAGAAGCUGGCAUCACUGGAAGAGAAAACGCACGAGCUGGAAGCUCAGCAGUACCAGGGUGUUUAUGUAUGGCGAUUAGAGGGAUUCUCAGGUCACCUGCAACAACAAGAAGCAGGACAACCAGUAGUGCUCCAUAGCCCACCAUUCUACACAGGAAAGCCAGGGUAUAAGCUGUGCCUGCGACUGCACCUUCAGACACCCAGUGCGCCACGUUGCUCUAACUAUAUCUCGUUGUUUGUGCAUACUAUGCAAGGAGAGUUUGACAGCCAGCUACCGUGGCCCCUUCAGGGCAACAUCCGACUGUCUGUGCUGGAUCAGGCUGAGGGCCAACACCACACUGAGAUAAUGGAAACCAAACCAGACCUUCAGGCCUUCCAAAGACCCACUGUGCAGCGCAACCCCAAAGGCUUCGGCUAUGUCACAUUCAUGCAGUUGCAGGCAUUGCGCCAGCGUGGUUUUGUUAGGGAUGACGUGCUGCUAGUGCGCUGUGAGGUCAUGCCUCGCUUUGACACAAGCCUCAGAAGAGAGGGCAUGCAACCUCGAGGACCUGAACCAUCCCUCUGAGCUCGUUUUACUCACUUUGUUGUUGCUUUACAAGUUCUCAGAGACACACCAUAAUAAUAAAAUGUUUCCUUUUGUUUUAAAGAGACUAUUUUUACAUUCUAUUACAUUUAUACAUUUAAACAGUGCAUUGCUUUAGGGUGGCAGACACCAUACCCAAAUAAUGAAUUAACAGGGGCAUCAGAGAUUCGGCCACUGAGAAACCAGAAGUAUUAAUAGCAGCUCUCGGUUGUGUACUGUGAAAACAAGAACCUGCAUUCAGUGUUUUUUUAAAUAUCAUUCCUUUAAUAACUGAAUAGCUUUUUGGGAAAGUCUUUCUAAAGCAUGUAGUGGUAUGUAGCAAAAACAAAUAUCUGUAGAUACUUUAUGCUGAAUGCACUGGAGAAAAAAAACAAUUAGAUAACAACCCCCUCUGUAACUGAUAAUGAAUGUGUUGCCGUUAGUUCAUUAUCGCACAUUCCACUAAUAGAAAGAAUUGACAAAAAAAUGACAGACAAUUUUGCUUGACAGAUAACAACAUAGUGUUUUCUUAGAAGAGCAUUAUCCAGACCCAGGCUUUAGUGUCUUUGGCUGUACAACAGGACAACGGAGCUAUUUAGUCAUUAAGAAGCGCACAAGCCACAAGAUGAACUAUGUCAAGCUAUCGCUAUUGUGUGUGUGUGGGUGUGUGUGUGCAUGGCCUAAAAUGAAAUGUUAAUUAAUUAAAUUCUUGUGUUUAUAUUAUACUUUAGAUUGAUUCAAUUUUUGUGUCAGUAACUUACCAAUGAAUACUUUAAUAUAUGAAAAAUGCAUUUGCAAGAUCCAUCUUACUCCUUAUUGAUCUUUUCCAGAAUGGUCAGGAUUCUGAGUCAGUAUCUCAAAAACUUUUGCUUUCAAAUGUGUGACUGACUCGAGAGCAAUCCCUCUUAUUCUCUUCCCUCACUUCAUUAAUCGUCAAACAUGACUUUUCUAACCCAGACUGCAUCAUAUUAGUAACAGUGAGAAGCUCCAUGUCAGUGAUUCCAGAUCUGUCAUCAGAUAAAGAACGACGUCGGAGACUGCUUCCUUUCUCCACAUGACCCUCUCCCUCCAGCUCCAGUAAAGGAGUCAGAAGAGAGACCUCUGAAAUAAACUGUGUGAUUUUUAUCUCAGGUUGGAUGAGGUGUGCAUGUUCUUUGAUUUUUUCAUCGUACCCUGAAAGAGUGAGAAGGAAAGGCACAAUAACUUUAGAAAGGUUUUAAAUGAAUAAAUACUGACUCAUGAAGAUCUGUGACUUUUAAAGAAGGCUCUUUGCCAUGAAGGCAAUAAGGUUGCAAUUUGAUAACUUUUUUAUAUUUGACUGCAAUGCAGAUUACUCUCAAUUUCAAUAAAUAUUGUGACUUGGAAA